AACAAAAGAAAACGUCUCAUUACUGACUUGCCAAGAAACCCCUCGUUCUUCCCCUCCCCCUCCCCCUCCCUGAGAGGAAGAAGAAUUGAGAGAAGUUAAAAUAAGUCGAGAGUUUCUUUUGAGAAGAGAUAGGGAGGGGGAGAGAGAGAGAGAGAGAGAUGAUAAAGAGAUUAAACUCGGUGCGAGUGCGGGUAGCGAGCAUGGAGAGGAAGUGGAUCGUGCCUCUGGCGAUCGGCUCCACCGUCUCCCUCCUCCUCCUCUUCCUGACGACUCUCUCCUCCCCCGACGCCCCGCUCGCCCUCCUCCCACUCUCCCUCCUCCCUUCCUCCUUCCUCUCCUCCCCCUCCGCUUCCAACCCCUUUGCCGCCUUCUACGCCCCCGUCUUCGUCGAGUCCAAGCUCCACCCCGCCCCACCCUCCGCCCUACCCCCGCCGCCCCGCCUCGCCUACCUCGUCUCCGGCUCCGUCGGCGACGGCAACUCCCUCAAGCGCACCCUCCUUGCCCUCUACCAUCCCACCAACCGCUACGUCGUCCACCUCGACCUCGAGGCCCCCCUCGACGAGCGCCAGGACCUCCACGACUUCAUCGCGCGCCACCCGGUCUUCUCCGCCGUCGGUAAUGUUAAGAUGAUCACAAAAGCCAAUCUUGUCACCUACCGCGGUCCCACCAUGGUCGCCAACACCCUCCACGCCGCCGCCGUCCUCCUCAGGGAGGGCGGCGAUUGGGACUGGUUCAUUAAUCUCAGCGCCACCGAUUACCCCCUCGUCACGCAAGACGAUCUGCUGCACACCUUCUCCUACCUGCCGCGGGAUCUCAACUUUAUCGAUCAUACCAGCAACAUUGGGUGGAAGGAGUUUCAUAGAGCGAAGCCGAUUAUUAUUGAUCCGGGGUUGUACAUGUUGAAGAAAGCUGAUGUCUUUUGGAUUCCACAGAGGAGGAGCGUGCCGACUGCAUUCAAGCUGUUCACAGGUUCUGCGUGGAUGGCACUUUCCCGUUCCUUCAUCGACUACUGCAUAUGGGGCUGGGAUAACCUUCCACGAACUGUUCUCAUGUACUAUGCCAACUUCCUCUCCUCCCCAGAAGGUUACUUCCACACAGUCAUCUGCAAUGCACAGGAAUUCCGCAACACCACUGUCAACCACGACCUUCAUUUCAUAUCAUGGGACAACCCGCCGAAGCAACACCCUCACUAUCUCACCAUGAAGCACAUGAAAGGCAUGAUUGACAGUAAUGCUCCAUUUGCUCGCAAGUUCCCUAAGGGUGAUCCUGUACUCGACAAGAUAGAUGCCGAUCUGUUGUCUCGCGGCCCUGGGAUGCUUGUGCCAGGAGGUUGGUGUGUGGGGAGCAGAGAGAAUGGGAGCGAUCCAUGCCUAGUUGUGGGUAACACCACGAUUCUUCGACCCGGUCCUGGUGCUGUCAGGCUAGAGCAUCUUAUGGUGUCACUCUUAUCAGAGGAGAAAUUCCGCUCCAGACAGUGCAAGUAGCAUAUAAGCUCAGCCAAGGGACGGUCCAUAAAUUUGUAGCUCACACCAUUACAGAAGUAGUAUAUUGGUACAUUUGAGCAGUUUCAUAACAUAGUGCUGCCACAUGUAAAAAAGAGAAGAUAGGUGGGAAGUGCUGACUUCUGGCCUAUCAUGGACAUAAAGGAAUAUGAGCUGGAAGUUUUGUGCUGUAAUAAUUAGUAUCUAUUCUUGGAGCUCAACUUGUAUGAUUUUUCUCUGAAUUUACAUGUGGCACAAUGGAAAUUAUUCAAGUUUCCUAAUUUUGGACUAAAAUGUACCCUUUAAUUUUUAAAAUCGCCAAAACUUUGAUCUUUA